GAACAUGAACAACCCAGAAGCACCUCUCUUCGACCCUAGAGAUUGCAGUGCACAUGUAAGGAGCUGGCUGUUUGACCAUACGACAUCUGUAUCAUGAAAGCAUGCAAGGACUUUCCACCUUCGUAUGCGCUUGCAACGACGGUGUUUUGCCAUAACGUUCGGUUGAACCCACAUGCUGAAGCGCAGGCUUCGAUUUCCAGGCCCACCGCGCUCUAUCUUAGCUUGUAUCCUUCCCAUCACAUUGUAUUCCCCUUCAACGAGCUGGGACAAAAGCUCGCUGCGGCUUGGUCUAGGAAUCGGCACGCCGACUCGAGAAGCAUGAGGACGUGGUGAGCUCAAUCAGGUCGUUCCAUUGGUCAGCGGAAGGGUCAAAGACAGAUCUCGGCACUCGGGAACGGCGCUAUAGUAUGGCUCU